ACUCAUUCUGGAAAAAGUAGUACUCAUUUUAAAAUAAAGAAGUACUCAUUUUUACACAUUUGUCUAAUAUAAUUAUAAUAAAUAACGUAGUGUUCAUUCUUAAAAAAAACAAUACUCAUUCUUAAAUAAGGAAAUGUUCAUUCUGAAAUAUAGUAUUGUUCAAUUUUUUCACAAUUAAAAAGUUCAAUACCAUCAUCAACUUCUUCCUCUAUUCGAUUCGUCCCUACUCAUUUAUACACUCUGAGCAUGGAGAAUUUAAAACCCAGGUUUAUUCAUGUUUGUAUUGAAUAAGAAUAUGAUAAUUCUCAUAAGUGCUGGUACUCCUUCUCAAAUCUGCCGGUACUCAUUGUCAUAUAUAACAGGUGUGCUCUCAGAUGGCCAGGCCAUAGCUGUCAAGAGAUUAUCCACAAAUUCGCAACAGGGAGAAGUUGAAUUCAAGAAUGAGGUGAUUUGUGUUGCAAGGCUACAACACAGGAAUUUGGUCAGACUCCUUGGCUUUUGUGUGCAAGGAACUGAAAGGCUUCUCAUUUAUGAGUUCUUGCCCGAAUCAAGUCUCGACCACUUGGUAUUUGAUGCAAGCAAGCGUGGAAGGUUGGAUUGGGAGACGCGCCGGAAGAUCAUUGUAGGAAUAGCACGAGGGCUUCUUUACCUUCACCAGGAUUCUCAGUUUCGGAUCGUUCACCGCGAUCUCAAGGCCAGUAAUGUUCUAUUGGAUGAGGAUAUGAAUCCUAAAAUCUCAGAUUUCGGAAUGGCAAAGUUGUUCGAAUCAAACGAUCAAACAAGAGACACCACUAGCAGGAUCGUUGGCACCUAUGGCUAUAUGGCACCGGAAUAUGCAAUCCACGGUCGAUUCUCAACCAAAUCAGACGUUUACAGCUUUGGUGUGCUGUUGCUCGAAAUAAUCACAGGUGAAACAAUUAGGAUCUUCCGUGGAGGCGAAGACGAACAAGAUCUUGUUAAUUAUGCAUGGUCAAUGUGGAAUAAAGGGACAGCGUUGGAACUCAUUGAUCCCACAAUGCCAGUGGCUGGUUCAACCAGCGACGUAACGAGGUGCAUCCAUAUUGCAUUGCUGUGUGUGCAAGAAAACGCCGGGAACAGACCGACCAUGGCUUCGGUUGUUCUCAUGCUCAGCAGCAGCUCCCUCGCCCUCUCAAGACCGGAAAGGCCGGCGUACACCCUUCACUCCAAGACCCAUCAAUAUUCGUCAUUGUCUUCUUCCCAUAUUUCUCGCUCUGCUUCUUCCAGAAGUAGUGGCCAGGAUGAUGACAAGAAGAGUUCUAGGAAUCAAGUUUCUAUAUCAGAGUUUGAACCUAGAUAGUUUGGUUCAUGGCACAAUAUUGUAAUAGAGAAUGUCAAUAGAGUUAAUAAAAAAAAGUUUAACUAGUUUUUAGUUUUGGUGCACAACUAAAUAAAGCAAAAUGACUUUA